CAGGUCUUGCAAAUCACGUUCUCUUUCUUUCGAACAACUACACAUCAAUCAGACUCUGUGUUGAAGGAAUUGACAGGAUACAAGCCCAACAUGGAUGAGUCGGUGUCUUUUCCGCUGCCCAGAUCUCUGGGUACUCGCAUACAUGUGCGAUUGAUUACGAAAGAGAAGGUCUUGAUAGCACAUCUCUCAACUGUCAACCCGGAAGAGGUGGGCAACGCGGUCCCUAUGGGAUCCAUGGUCUAUGCUCUUCCAGAUCGGUUCAACCCAAGUGCACCAAUCUCUACACCAAUCUACAAGGAAGAGCCAACCUUCGACUUUGCCACUCGCAUCGCGAAGAUUCUGGUCAAGAAGACGCAGAUGCACGUUUAUGUCACCAACUCAAUCAGCCUGGCCGAUUCUGGCCUAGGAGGAACUUUUGAGGAGGAAAUGGAAGUAUUCAAGCAGGUUAUCACGGUCGCUAUCGACAAGUUAAGGCAUGUCAUCAAGUCUCCAAGCAAUUUGCCCAACGGCACAAACGAGGCUUGACUAUUUACUCCUUCAGUGGCGCAAUUUCUGAGCUUGGAGGGCUCCGCACGAAUUGUUUGUCACGAAGUGGCCGAACUGAGGCUUCGACUGUUUUACUUAAUUCGACAGACUUGAUGAUAGCGAUGUCUCGGUAUCGCACACCAACGCCUGCGUCCAUCCAUGUUGAUUUACCGGUUGCCAACGGGUCGUUGCAUACGCCUGAUCUGGCAACCCUUGCACCACGUGUCAAACGGCAGCUCCAGCUAUGGCCGCCCGCAGGGUUCUCAGACUGUGAACAUCAGUGUCAUGACUGAAAAGCUCCUUUCGU